GGUCGGAGUCACGUGGUCAGAGUCGCAGCUCAGGGAGGCGGAGUCACGUGAUCCGGGGACCGGGGAGGGGUCGCCAUGGGCACCGCGCUGGAUAUCAAGAUCAAGCGGGCGAACAAGCUGUACCAUUGUGGGGAAGUUCUCACUGGAGUGGUGGUCAUAACAAAGGAUGCAGUCCAGCACCAGGGUAUCUCCUUAACAAUGGAAGGAUCUGUCAACCUGCAGCUGAGUGCCAAAAGUGUUGGUGUGUUUGAAGCCUUCUGCAAUUCUGCCUAUCAGCUUAUUAACAGUACUGUAGAAAUGGUAAAACCUGGAAAACUGCCCAGUGGUAAACCAGAAAUUCUUGAGUUUCCACUGCAAGUGAAGGGGAACAAAGUUCUCUAUGAAACCUACCAUGGAGUUUUUGUCAACAUUCAGGUAAGAGAAUAUACCCUUCGAUGUGACAUGCGGCGCUCUCUCCUGGCUAAGGAUUUGAAGACUUGUGAAUUUAUUGUCCAUUCGCCACCUCAGAAAGGUAAACCAACCCCAAGCCCAGUGGACUUUACUAUUACUCCUGAAACUCUACAGAAUGUGAAAGAGAGGGCAUUGCUCCCAAAGUUUCUCAUAAGAGGCCAUCUCAACUCUACAAACUGCAUCAUAACGCAACCCCUCACAGGGGAGCUUGUGGUGGUCAACUCGGAUGCUGCGGUUAAGAGUAUUGAACUCCAGUUGGUUCGAGUGGAAACCUGUGGCUGUGCUGAAGGUUAUGCUAGAGAUGCCACUGAGAUUCAGAAUAUUCAGAUUGCUGACGGAGAUGUCUGCAGAAAUCUUCCUAUUCCGAUCUACAUGGUAUUCCCCAGACUGUUCACCUGCCCCACCCUGGAAACCACAAACUUCAAAGUUGAAUUUGAAGUUAAUGUCGUCGUCCUCUUGCAUGAUGAUCACCUCAUCACAGAGAACUUUCCGCUGAAGCUCUGCAGGCUCUGAUUAAUUAGAACAGUUUCAGGAAUACCAUUGGGACCAGAAGCCUCCUAUCAGUUGGGAAUCCAGUGUGUUGGCACUGCGAGAACCAAGCAAUGUGAUUGCUGCCAUGUAUGGCGAUAGAAGAAUGAAAUUUAGGUGUUCCGAUGAGCCAGAAUUGUACGCUCGCAGCUAUAAAAGUGCUCUCUCAAGGUCGUUGCCCAACAUGGACCAGCUGAAUUUUGCCCUGAUUCUAGUGUUUAUCAGAUGUUGAAGAGCUGCCUCUGCUUAUGGUAAAACUGUUAUCACAUACAAAACCACUCUCUAGCUGAACUACCCCUUCAUCUGCUUGAUCCUUGUUUGUAUUGGUUCUACUAGCAAGAGAUCAUAACACAAGAGUUUUGUUUGCCAAGAUGUCAUUCCAACUGAAGCCAUUUCCUAUCCAUGUCAGAGGAUGCUCACUGUGCAUACAUGUAGUAAUACUAUACAAAUUUUGAAGAAAAUCUACUGGAAUCUGAGUAAGAGCAGUGUGGUAGGAAUUCCAUUUACCUAAGCAGCGGACUUACAAACUAGAACGAAACUGAACUUUUCAAAAACUACUAUAUAGAAAUUCCUGUUUUCACCAUCGGCAUUUUAAAUAAAAACUUUGUGUGAAUGCUCCUGGCC